AUGGCCACGCCUGAAGGUUUUCCCGAGCUUACGUUCGCCGCGUCAGUGCCACCGCCGGCUGGCACCGCGAAGACGACAGUGGUUCCGUCUGCUCUCGAAGGUGAGGGUCCGAGGGUGAUCACCUGGCAGAACUACCUGUGGGAGGAGCCCAAGGUCGCCAGCGCCAGCGACAUCCAAGCCGCCGAGACCAAACUCAACGUAACGUUCCCAGCAGACUACAAGGCGGUGGUGACGGAGCACCAGGGCCAGACGGCCACGCCCGCCAUCUUCAAGUUCUUCAGCGCCGACAGCGAGGCCUACGACGCCACCUCGCUCAGCACGCUGUUCCACUUCGUGCCCGAGGACGCCGACCGUGCGCAGUACCAUGUCGUGGCCAUGCACGACCUGCUCAAGGACAGACUGCCCGAGGGUGUCAUUCCCAUCGGCGACGAUCCUGGCGGUGGAUACGUCGCGUUCGACUACCGCGUGGUGGGCAAGGUCGAGGGAGCCACGGGUCCCUACGUCGUGUUUCUCGACCACGAAGCCGAAGAAGACGACGAAGGCAAGAUGAAGACGAUCUUCCUGGCAGACUCGUUCACUGGUUUCCUGGGUCAGCUGCGGACCGAGGACGAGAUCGAGGCCGAGAUGGAGGCCGCCGAGCUCGUGGGCGAAGAAGACGAUGGCGAAGAGGAGGAAGAGGAGGACGGCGAGGGCGAAGAGGAGGGAGAAGGCGAGGGUGAAGAAGGCGAAGAGGACGACGCGCACGUCGCCAAGAAGAGGAGGAACGAAGAGGGCAAUGAGGAUGUGACCGCAGAUGCGGGUGACAACGAGGCCGACGAGGACGAUGAAGAAGACGAUGAAGCCGCCGUUGGCGAGAAGAGGAAGGCGAGCGAGUAG